AUGGACCUGUUGCCCUACGUACACGAGAAAAUGUGCUCCAGAGGCGAGCAGAUUCUUUCCUCAGAAGUCUUAGCAAAGGACUUGCUAGAAACACUGCUCAAAAACUGCCAUGGACUUUAUAUGAUAAUUGACGGUAUUGACGAAUGUUCCCAGACAGAGGAGAAGAAAAUUAUUUUAUUCUUACGCUCUCUAAUUGAGAUACCUCACAAUGGAGCAUGUCCCACCCGAUGUGUCUUGAUUUCACAACGCGAUGCGGUCACAUCAAAGCUUUUGCGUGAUCUUCCCACAAUUGCCAUAACCUCAUCCCACAACCGCCUUGACAUCGUUGCUUUUGUGUCCUCGUGGGCCUUGAAAAUUCAGAACAAGUUCUAUAUCACCGAUGAAGUCAUGAGAAGCAUGAUCGAUCUUGUGGUGGAGAAAGCACAAGAUCAGACUUCACGAGCUGAAGCAAUCCAGCUAUUGGCAUGGCUGGUAUGUGCCAAGCGCCAGUUAAAAUGGCGUGAAAUCCAAGCUGCAGUCUCAAUCGAUCUUGAAGAUGAGACUGUAGAUUUCCAUGGCCGGCAGUGGAUACUGAACUCAAAGGAUCUAUGUGGUUCGCUUGUUGAAGCAAGAAGCGAUGGCUCCCUUGAGCUUGUCCAUACGACCGCCAAGUUCUAUUUAAUUAAUCAUGGCGUAGUAAACGUCAUGCAAGAAGAGCUGAAAAUGGCAUCUCUUUGUUUAGGUUAUUUGGCUCUUCCUGGAUUUGACAUGCUCCUCACGGACUCUUCGGUGGACGAUCUGCUGAAAAUUGGAUAUUAUGCUUUCCUUGACUAUGCAGCUUGUUAUUGGUCAGGUCAUCUUGAAGCUUCUCUAGCAGGCCGUGUCGAUGGGGCAGCCGUCCAUGCUAUAAUUUGUGUCCUUGAAAGGUUUUUGGAUUCGCACUACCGGGAACCUAAGGAAACCAUUGAAACUCAACCCCGCACAAAUCAAAUGCUCGAUCAGCUCCAGGGAAACAACACUUGGACAUCUUGGGGAUAUUUUGAAAAAUUAUGUCGGGCUUUUAUAUCUACGCAAAACCAAAUCCAGUCUUACGGAGAAGAUGCAGCCCUAAAUGACGCGCUCGAUAUUCCUGAUAUUGUCACACGAGUUCGAGGGACUCUUGAACACGCUGCAUCAAGUUUGCUAGAUUCAUGGAAUGAUUACGAUCAGAACAUGUUCAAAUUCUUCUAUGGAGAUGAGGUGUACAAGUGUCCUCGGAUGAGCUGUGAGUAUUUUCACCGCGGCUUCCAGUCUCCCAAGGAAAGAGAGGCACACAUCCAAAAGCAUACUCGCCCGUAUUGCUGCUCCUAUCCUGGAUGUUUAAGAACGGCUCUUGGGUUCCUUUCAAAGGCUGAGCUACGGAAACAUGUUGCACAGACACAUGAAACAGCCCUUCGAGGCGAGCACAGUUUUCCUUUGAAACGGGGAAGGCCAGUUCUUCAAUGUAGUGCUUGUCAGCAAGAGUUUUUGCAGCCAGGAAAGUUUCGCAAUCACAAUUGCGUAAACCGCCAUUCUCCUCCCGAGAAUGUUCAGCUGCCCACAGACCAGUCAAAGCAGCAAAUGAGGAACGGACAGCCCAUGAACCAGGCACAGAGAUACACUCAGCUCUACCAACAACGACUACUUCGCAUGCGACAUGAUAUGUCGGCACGUUACAUGGACGAUUACGGCCCACCAGACCAGUACCCUCCUAAUAUUGCGCAGCAGUAUGGCCCUGGGCUAGAAAAGACAGCUAAAGCGUGGGUCGCCGAGGUCAUGCGACGUGAGCGGGAUGGCGGCCAGCAACAGCAGCAACAGCGGGCUGCGUCACAAGCACAGGGAACUUGA